AGCCGUCAAGGAGGCUCCUUCCUGCUGCCACCAAGGAUGGAGAGCCGCUGGGGCCUCUUCUGGGUCACGGUGCUGGGCUUCCUGGCGCAUGUGCAAGGUCAGCGUGACUUCGAUUUGGCCGACGCUCUCGACGACCCCGAGCCCACCAAGAAGCCGAACUCAGAUCUCUACCCAAAGCCGAAGCCGCCGUACCACCCGCAGCCCGGGAUGCCGGACGACAGUGGAAAUAUCUACCCAAGGCCGAGGCCACAUCCUCGACCCCAGCCCGGUGGUUCUGACGGUGGCGGAGGUUACUUCGGCAACACCGACAGGGAUGACGGCCGCUACCCACCCAGACCCAAGCCGCCCGCAGGAGGCGGCGGGAGCUACCACCCCAGCAACGACGGGUCCGGAAACACGCACGGAGGAGGGCGCUCUAGACCCAACUCUUACGGAAAUAAUUAUGGCGGAGACGGAUACUCGACCUAUGGGAACCCACAAGGUAAUACGGUAGCGAAAAUCGUGUCUCCCGUCGUGUCCGUGCUGGUGGUCACGCUGGUGGGUGCCGCGGCCGGUUACUGCCAACGCAACCGAAUGAGGAACUGUUUGAGGACCAACGAACCAGCACACGUGUGAGGGUUUGGAGACCCAGCGGUCGCUUGGGGGGACACUCGGUGUAGACGGGAAUGCCAUUGGCCGCUCCUGGGACACUUCCUUUCAUCGUCGACGUCACCCGCCGCCCU